GAAGCGCGCCAGCGACAGUUACUCAGCCCACAACAGGAGGAGGUACUUGUCAAAUACAUAGAAAGAUGCACAAGAGACGGCUUGCCACCCACUAGAAGCAUGCUGCAAAAUUUCGCCUCUGCGGUUACGAAGUGGGAGGUCUCUAAGAGCUGGAUUACUCGGUUUCUGCAUCGCCACGCCAACAAGCUUACCACUAAAUGGACCACCAGGAUGGAUCGUGAGCGCUUUUUAGCUGACAGCAAGCGCAAGUACAAGUUGUACUUCAAUCUAUUGCACUCUAAGAUGCGUGAGCACAGCGUUGAUGAGCGCAACACGUACAAUAUAGAUGUAACGACUAUGCACGAACACGACACGUGGCAUAGCGCUCAUAGCAGCUAG